AUAAGACCGAGUUAGCUUAUAUCUGCUCUGCGCAAUACUAGUAUGUUUAAAUUUCAGACGUGCUUAUUAUAAGCGUGUGUGCGACUUUCAUCUUGCUUGUCUACAUGGAGUUAUUUUGUUUGAUAAACUGUUAAGGUACAGUCCAGACCAUAUACAGGCUUCCGAUACACACGAACUCGUGUGAUUGUAGAUGUUUAUGUGUAACCUGUUUAAAAAUAGGCGACAAUCUCGGGCCUGGAAACAUGGCGAUCGCAACUUUAGCCAUGGCGGGAACACUUACUAAAGUCGUCACAGAUCUUUGCCCAGCUUUCCGACGAACAAGUCUAAAGUCAGUGCGCUGUACGAGGCUGUAUAGCAGCAGGUACAACCAGCCCUUGUCUGGUAACGUCAUGCCGAGGCCAGGCGGGAUUGCUUCCAUGAUGCGACUUCCAGUACAGAAUAAUACAGAUGGACUUGACGCGUGUUUCGUUGGUGUCCCGUUGGACAUUGGCACCAGCCACAAAUCAGGAAGUCGGAUGGGCCCUCGUCACAUACGAACCGAGUCGGUGAUGCUUAGACCCGUCAACAUCGCUACAGGAGCUGCCCCAUUUGAAUCUCUCCAAGUCGCGGAUGUUGGCGACGUUGCCUUUAAUUUGUACAAUUUACCCGAAGCUUGCCAAGACAUCCGUAAUCAUUUCUCAAUGCUGAUUCAAGAUGGCUGCAAACCCCUUGCGUUAGGUGGGGAUCACACUAUGUCUUACCCGAUUCUACAAGCAAUAAAGGAAAAAUAUGGGCCCGUCGGAUUGGUUCAUCUGGACGCACAUCCGGACACCGCUGACGUCAUGUCGAAUUCAAAGACUGCACACGGCACUCCAUUUCGUCGGGCGUUUGAGGAAGGUUGUCUUGAUCCUAAGAGGGUGGUGUCGAUUGGCUUGCGUGGACCAGCUCCUGAUCAUGAACCUUACCAGUGGGGGAUAGAUCAGGGAUUCAGAGUAAUCAGAAUGGAGGAGUACUGGCAUAAGCCUAUGACACCUCUCAUGGCGGAAGUGCGGGCCCAGAUGGGAAAAGGACCAGUCUAUCUGACCUUUGACAUCGAUGUGCUUGACCCGUCCUUUGCGCCUGGGACAGGUUUCCCUGAGGUGGCCGGCAUGACGUCAAUACAAGCACUGGAGGUGAUCCGAGGAUGUAGGGGAUUGAACCUGAUAGGCUGUGAUCUGGUAGAGGUGAAUCCCAGUUACGAUCCAACCGGAAGAACGGCCAUCUUGGCUGCCAACUUACUGUUCGAGAUUCUUUGCGUUUUUCCUGGAGUAAAAUAUCACACAAAGUCGUGAUCUCAAUCCGUCUUGUUGUGAAAGAUGAAACAAAAUAAAAAAGAAACAACAACUGUUCUUAGGGCAAUGUGUUCAACUAUGAAGGACCAUCUAUUCAUAGAAAUCGACGUACAGAAUUCCGACAACAUGCAGUUGGUUGUGAACAUGGAGUGUAAAGAUGGUUAUCUUAAACCGUCAAAUUACUUUCUACAUGACACCUCACUGUCAUUAGAAUUCAAUUGAACGCGUACAGCAGAGAGUAAAACCAUAGCAGUGACGACAGUGUGGUAGCUUUCAAAUGUUCACACAUAACCGGUGAAAUACGUCCUCUUGUCGGUUUAUCUCAGUUAGGGUGUUAUUCUAACUGUUCAUGUAAAUGCUUGAAUACUAGCAAUUUACACGCCCCAAAAGUAGCCUGACUAUGCCGAGUUUUUGUGGCAGAAAAUGACCGUUUCCGUGAUUUGAUUAGAUAGACUUCAGCCAGAAAAUCACAGUUCCACCUGAUGCAUGACACGUAUUAUGAUUGUUGUCCGUAGACGUGUGUUUUUAAUAAAUGUCAC